CUGCUGCUCUGUGAGACACUGUGUCUUUUCAGGACAUUCUCAUAAAUCUUGUGUAUUCCAUUAGUUAUAACCAGGAAGUAUCCAUGCCAGAAGACUGCUAUUGGGCUGGAAUCCUCUGUCCAUUGCACUUGGAUUAAGCCCCUUCACAGCCUUUUACAUUCAGCUAUGCCCUUCGGCUCCAGAGGAAGACUCUUUAAAAGCAUGGAAGUGGACUAGCACAGAGACUUUGGGAGUUAAAUGCUCAUUGCACAUAGUGAGAGAACAGGUGGCUGUCGUCCCAAAGGAUGAAAAUCUUGAGGAGCUUCCGGAGGGAAAGCAGCUGGAGAAUAAUGGCUGUGGUUAGAUCCUCACUCCAGAAAGUGAUGCUCUUUCUGCACAGAGUCCAAACCGUGACUUUUACAUCACCAAGAUAUCAGAAACUGUGCAAGGAUAUUCAGACAGAGAUCGAUGCCAGCUGUGGUUCUUCCAGAAGGAGGUCCAGGGACCAGUCACAGGGUUUCAAAGGAAUAAGCCCUGAUGACAGUAACCACACUUAUGGAAAUUCUAUCUUUCCUAACAGGGACUGUGUGGAGCUUCACAGUGAGAGUGGAGCAGGCCUGAUGACUCUCCUGGAGGAACUUUGGCUUUGGGUGAAGCUGAAAGAUGAAGAACUGACCAGGCAAAACACCACUGGAGAUGAUAUUAAUAAUCUACUGCAGCAACAAGUCUACUGUAUGGCUCUGCAGAGGCAGCUCAGCAGUCGAAGGCUGAAUUGUGAGUGCCCUCUGAAGCAAGUGUGUCUGUUGCCUCUGCAGCAUGUGGAUACUCUGAGUGAAAGCAACGUGAAAGAAGCAGCAGAGACUGCUCUGCAGGAGAGGAGCAUGUGGCUGGCUCACGCUGUGCUGGAUGAGGCCACGGAUGUCCAGCUCCACUGGGAUCGGUUCUGUUUUAACACAGCCAGCUGGCAGCAGCAGGUCAGCUGGGUACUGAGAAAACUGCAGGAUCUUCAGGAUGCCAUGUAUCAGCUAGACUUGGGCUUGGCAGAGAUGGAGAAUAAGUGGGAGGGAUGGUGCUCAGAAGGACAAACACUGGCCAGCUAUAUGCAGGAUGAUUUUGAGGAGAGUCAAAGUUUUAUUGGGGGGACAGCAGAACUGCACUCCGGUCUAAAAGACAUAAGUAGCAGUUUGAUUCCACUUCCUGACAUUCAUCUGGCUCCAAUCUCAUCACUGCCACCUCAUAGCUCUAAAACACAGCUGGACAUUUCAGAGGCACCAGCGAUGAAUCAGCACAGACAGGUCCUAGAUACUCAAGUUGAUAACAGACUGUUGUCUCAAGACUUCUUAUCUGUCUCUGUUCAGUACCCAUGGCAGAGGGCGGUAUUGCAUAACAGUGUUCCUUAUUACAUCAAUCAUGAAAAGCAGACCACAUCAUGGGAUCAUCCAAUGAUGACUCAGCUAUUUCAGUCAAUGACUGAGCUCCGGCAUGUGCGAUUCUCAGCCUACCGCACCGCUUUGAAGAGCCGCAGAGUUCAGAAAGCCUUGUGCUUGGACCUUUUGGAGCUGGCCAUGGCUCAGGGUAUCUUUGAACAACAUCAGCUGACUCAUAAUGAGCAAGUUUUGGAGGUUCCAGCCAUCAUUACCUGUCUAUUGACAAUAUACACUGAACUUCAGCAGGUGUAUCCAGAUCUCAUCGAUAUCCCCCUGUGUGUGGACCUGUGUCUUAACUGGCUUCUAAAUGUUUAUGACAGGGAUCGAAGUGGGAAAGUUCAAGUUCUGUCCAUGAAGAUAGGGCUUCUUUCUUUUUCAAAGGGACACCUUGAAGAGAAGUAUGAAUAUCUGUUCACUCAGGUGGCCAGUUCUGCAGGAGUGUGUAACCCAAAACAGCUGGCACUGCUGCUGCACACCACUAUCCAGAUCCCCUAUGAGCUGGGUGAGGCUGCUGCUUUCGGAGGGAGUAAUGUGGAACCAAGCGUCCACAGUUGCUUUCAGCAUGUGGGCCAUAAGGACACAGUUGACCUGGAGCAGUUUGUGGAGUGGAUGCAUCUGGAGCCUCAGUCCAUGGUGUGGCUGCCGGUGUUGCACAGAUUGGCUGCAGCUGAGACCUCCAAGCACAAGGCCAAGUGUAACAUCUGUAAAGAGUGUCCUAUGGUGGGCUUUAGGUAUCGCAGUCUGAAGCAUUUCAACUAUGAUGUGUGUCAGAGAUGUUUUUUCACUGGAAGAACUACUAGAAGUCACAAAUUAACCUAUCCUAUGGUGGAAUACUGCACCCCUACCACCUCUGGGGAAGAUGUGCGUGAUUUCACCAAGGUGCUCAAAAACAAGUUUCGCUCUAAGAAGUACUUCACUAAGCACCCACGUCUUGGAUACCUGCCAGUCCAGACCAUUGAUCUAGACAUGAAUGAAGAAUACACAUACAGCCAAAUGUCCCUGCAGUCCCUUCAGAGAACACCGUGUGUGCAACAGGACAGUGGACAAGAGGGAUCAGGAACACACCAGACAGAUGACUUUUCAGGAGGAAGUGACAAGCUAGAACCCUGUCACUGCAUUUGUUUGACUACACAAUAAUGUUGGUGUCUGAUGACUGUAAAUAUUAUUUACAGCGUUAGGUUAGAUCCGGCUCCAGUUUUGGCAUCCUGUGAUGUUUUUGGAUGUGAGUUUGAAGUAAAGAUACACAGCAGAUCCUUCUGAGCAAAGCCAAAUAGCUCUAUAGCUUUUCUUUGUCUGUUUAGAUUCUGUGAUAUUGUCUGUGUUAAGGCUUCUUCUUCAUGUACAUGAAGGCCAAAUCUUAUUAUGACUUAUUAUUUCACUCUUUCAGUAAUGCAUUUUGAAUUUGUUAAUUUCAUUAGUUAUAGUAAUGCAGAUUUCAGUGUUAGUGACUAGGAAGUUACUCUGAAUGUGAUCCACAAUAAACAUAGUGUGUCUUCUAAACCCUGUUCUAUCUGUCCGGCUGACCGGAGCUUAGCAGGAAUUUUCAAUUGGAUAUUCACCAUUACUUGUAGCACAUAAUAUCAGCAUAAAAGAUAAGAGGAUUUGAAAUAAAAUAAAAAAUGCUCCAGGAGAAAUGUAAAGAUCAGAUCACAGUAUUUAAAACUCAAAUAUUGCAAGAUGUUGGGUUUUGUUAGCAAGAUUCCACUUACUAAAAAGCAUGUUUGUGUUUGAUACCACAACAUA